UCCUACCCUCGGCCUCCCCGGCGCGGCGCACUCCCCGCCGGCCGCAGCCUGACACGCCGCGCGGCCCCCCCAGUCUCCCCGGCCGUCUCCCCCAGGCAUGGCCCAGGGCUUCGCCUCACUAUGGCAGCAGCACGGCACAGCACCCUCGACUUCAUGCUCGGCGCCAAAGCUGAUGGUGAGACCAUUCUGAAAGGCCUCCAGUCCAUUUUCCAGGAGCAGGGGAUGACAGAGUCAGUGCACACCUGGCAGGACCAUGGCUAUUUGGCGACAUACAUAAACAAAAAUGGCAGCUUUGCCAAUUUGAGAAUUUACCCGCAUGGAUUGGUGUUGCUGGAUCUUCAGAGUUACGACGGCGAUGCACAAGGCAAAGAAGUCGAUAGUCUUUUGAACAAAGUAGAAGAAAGAAUGAAAGAAUUGAGUCAGGACAGUACUGAGCGGGUAAAGCGAUUACCACCCAUAGUCCGAGGAGGGGCCAUCGACAGAUACUGGCCCACUGCGGAUGGCCGCCUGGUUGAGUACGACAUAGAUAAAGUGGUGUAUGAUGAAGACUCACCUUACCAGAACAUUAAAAUUUUACACUCAAAGCAAUUUGGGAAUAUUCUCAUCCUCAGUGGGGAUGUUAAUUUGGCGGAAAGUGAUUUGGCGUAUACCCGGGCCAUCAUGGGCAGUGGCAAAGAAGAUUACAGUGGCAAAGAUGUACUGAUUCUGGGAGGUGGAGAUGGGGGCAUAUUAUGUGAAAUAGUCAAACUGAAACCAAAGAUGGUGACUAUGGUAGAGAUUGACCAAAUGGUGAUUGACGGAUGUAAGAAAUACAUGCGAAAAACGUGUGGUGAUGUCUUAGACAAUCUUAAAGGAGACUGCUAUCAGGUUCUAAUAGAAGACUGUAUUCCAGUACUGAAGAGGUACGCCAAAGAAGGGAGAGAGUUUGAUUACGUGAUUAAUGAUUUGACAGCUGUUCCAAUCUCCACAUCUCCAGAAGAAGAUUCCACAUGGGAGUUUCUCAGACUGAUUCUUGACCUCUCAAUGAAAGUACUGAAACAGGAUGGGAAAUAUUUUACACAGGGGAACUGUGUCAAUCUGACAGAAGCCCUGUCACUCUAUGAAGAACAGCUGGGGCGCCUGUAUUGUCCUGUGGAAUUCUCGAAGGAGAUCGUCUGUGUCCCUUCGUACUUGGAAUUGUGGGUAUUUUACACUGUUUGGAAGAAAGCUAAACCUUGAAAAUCAGUGUCCCCGAGUCACGUGUGCUGCAAAUAGCCUUCCUGACCUUUCUAUGCUGUGCGUGAAAUUGAAACAAGUCAGGCAAUUGAUUGUGAAUUCCUUCACGUUUCCUCUUUUUAAUUAUUUUUUUAAUUUAAAAAAUCAAAUGGAAAAAAUGUAUAUUUUGAUGAACUAGGAUGAUUAGACAGCACAGUGAAGGCUGCUAAAUGCACUGAACCCCUAGAAUGUGAUUUUUGUUUUUGUUUCUGUUUUUCUGUGUGGGCUUUUUUUUUUGUUUUGUUUUGUUUUGUUUUCAUUUUGGUAGACUUUGAAUUUGGUCGUUUGGAGGAGUGCACAUCAUUGUUUUCUUCUGGAGGGGAGUUCUUCAUGGAGUUUCUUUCCCCCCCAAAUUGAUAUAGAUAUUAAAAUUUGGUGCUUAUGAGGAAAGACUUUAAAAAUGAAUAGCAACGCUUCGAUUAAAAUUACAAAUGAGAAA